AGGCAGUCAGUAAACAAUUUCGAAGUGAACUGUUCAAUUUGGCACAGCACUAAGGUUAGGACGGUGCCGAGGUGUUUUGUCAAUCGGAAAUUGGAAACAACUUUAUAAAAAUUAAAGUUAAAAAUCUGUUAAAGUUAAAAAGUUACAUAGAUUUAAUAUUUGUUAAGUAGGUAAGUGAAGACUUACUUGCACAGUGUGCAAAGAUGACUGGAUCAGAGGCAAUGGUUAUGACAGUACCUAGUACAGAAAAAGCAGCAAACAAUCCUUUGGAACAAUUUGUUUUGCUUGCCAAAAGUGCUAAAGGAGCUGCUGCACUGGAAUUAAUAAAGCAAGCUGUUGAAACUCCUGGAGUUAAUGUAUUUGGUGAACUCUUAGAUAUGCCUAACAUCAAAGAGUUGAAAGAUGGUCCACAUGACAAUUAUUGGCGCACACUAAAUUUAUUUGCUUAUGGAACAUAUAAAGAGUACUUGGAAAAUAAAAAUCAGUUGCUUGACCUAACACCAGCUCAAAAGAAAAAGUUGCAGCAUUUAACAAUUGUAACAUUAGCAACAAAGUCUAAAUGCAUACCUUACUCUAUACUUCUAGAAGAACUUGAUAUUAAAAACGUUAGAGAUUUGGAAGAUUUAAUAAUUGAGGCUAUUUAUGCUGAUAUCAUUCAUGGAAAGUUGGAUCAGAAAAAUUCUCAGCUGGAAGUAGAUUAUGCAGGUCUUGGUCGAGAUGUAAGAUCAGCCGACACUGGUGCUGUUGUUGAAACUCUUGCAGAAUGGGGAGAAACUUGUAGUGCUAUUUUGGGUUGCAUUGAACAACAAGUUGUACGGGCUAAUACAGAGAAACAGCAUGCAACUCAACACAAAGAUAAAAUACAACAAGAUAUUGCUAAUAUAAAGAAGACUCUUGCCGUUCAGUCAGGAAGUGGCGUUCAAGAAGCAGAUAUGAUCGCUGGUGGUUCUGGUUCUGGAAAUAGCGAACGAGAAGCUUUACCACUUCCCCUAGAUGCCAAGAAAAAACAACAUAAAGGAAAAGGUAUCAGAGGAAGCACCAAGUUUUGGAAAACUUAAAUUUGUUUCUGCAGGUACAUUUUGAUGUUCACGUCAAAUAACUAACAUUACCGAAAAAAUCGUAAAAAUAUGUAUCUUGGUCUGAUAACAAAGAAUUCUACAGUUCAAAGUUUAAGCUAGACUGUUGAUGUGUAAAAACAAGAUUACGUAAAUGCUUGUUUAUGCAGUAUUUAUCAGUAAUGAUUAACAAAAAUAUUUUAUACUUGCAUUUAGAUAAUAAUGAAUGAUUUUUAUUCUCAGAUGUAAUACAUGUAAAUCCCUAUAAAAGAUUACUCACAUGAAAAUGAAAAAUUUUGUAUCAUACUACAGCCAUGAAAAAAAAAUUUUCAAUAUUAAAUCUUUUCUAGGAAAUUAAGCACCUUGACAUAUUGCCUCUGUCAAUAAAUGCUCUAAGAAUUUUUUUUUACUAUUAAAUAAGAGUUAGUUAUAUUUAAUAAAAUUAUCUUUGUUUGCCAAAAA